AGCGAGCCGGGCGGAAGUCGCCGCCCGCUGGGUCCCGGCCCUGCCGCAGCGAGGCCCAGCCGCCCGCGGGCCCCGGAGCCAGGCCGCACCGGGUACCGCCUGCCCUUCGGUCUGAUGCCCGUCCAGCCCUCCAACCACCUGGAAUGGAAUGAGUCUAUGCACUCCCUCCGGAUAAGUGUGGGGGGCCUUCCGGUGCUGGCGUCCAUGACCAAGGCGGCAGACCCCCGCUUCCGCCCCCGCUGGAAGGUGAUCCUGCCGUCCUUUGUGGGCGCCGCCGUCCUCUGGCUGCUCUACUCCCACCGCCCGCCCCCAGGCAGGCCCCCCAUACCCAACGCCCACAACUGGAGGCUCGGCCAGGCACCCGCUGACCGGUACAAUGACACCUACCCCCUGUCCGCCCCCCAGAGGACGCCAGGCGGGACUCGAUACCGAAUUGCGGUUAUUGCUGACUUGGACACGGAGUCAAGAGCCCGAGAGGAAAACACCUGGUUCAGUUACCUGAAGAAGGGCCAUCUGACCCUGUCAGACAGCGGGGACAAGGUGGCCGUGGAGUGGGACAAAGGCCACGAGGUCCUCGAGUCCCACCUGGCUGAGAAGGGGCGGGGCAUGGAGCUCUCCGAGCUGAUCGUUUUCAACGGGAGACUCUACUCUGUGGACGACCGGACAGGGGUCAUCUACCAGAUCGAUGGCACCAAGGCCGUGCCCUGGGUGAUCCUGUCCGAUGGCGAUGGAACCGUGGGGAAAGGCUUCAAAGCCGAGUGGCUGGCGGUGAAGGACGAGCAUCUGUAUGUGGGCGGCCUGGGCAAGGAGUGGACCACCAGCACGGGGGAAGUGGUGAACGAAAACCCGGAAUGGGUGAAGGUGGUGGGCUGCAGGGGCAGCGUGGACCACGAGAACUGGGUGUCCAGCUACAAUGCCCUGCGGGCCGCCGCGGGGAUCCAGCCGCCAGGCUACCUCAUUCACGAAUCGGCGUGCUGGAGCGACACUCUGCAGCGGUGGUUCUUCCUGCCGCGCCGCGCCAGCCACGAGCGGUACAGCGAGAAGGACGACGAGCACAAGGGCGCCAACCUGCUCCUGAGCGCCAGCCCGGACUUCGGCGACAUCUCCGUUGGCCACGUGGGCGCCGUGGUCCCCACGCACGGCUUCUCUUCCUUCAAGUUCAUCCCCGACACCGACGACCAGAUCAUCGUGGCCCUCAAGUCUGAGGAGGACGCGGGCAGGGUCGCCACCUACAUCCUGGCCUUCACACUGGAUGGCCGCUUCCUACUGCCGGAGACCAAGAUCGGAAACGUGAAGUAUGAAGGAAUAGAGUUUAUUUAAAUUCACAAAAUUCAGACCAGCAAGGCCGAGAGGUGGACGGUGUUCAGCCAUCAGGACUCAAGUUUUCUAAAAACCGGAAGACGGCACUUUUCCGUGGUGUUUUGUUUUGCUUUUGUCUUUUCCUUUUCAGAGCUCAGGUGUGUGCCUGGUUCAGAGACCCUGCCCGCGCCCCAGAACAGGGGGGUCAGUCCCAGGGUGCGAGCAGAGCAGCCGCAGGAGGGGGUUCCGCAGUGCGCAGUGCCGGGAAAGGGGCCGGGACAGUCCCCCUUGCGGCCACCUGUUCUGUGCACUGCCACCUGGUGGUGGGAGCUGGUCCCUGCGGGCGUCCUAAUCCGGGACCAGCCCUCCCUCCUGCCCACCUCCCUUUCUCUCCUUCCCUUUGUGCUUUCGUUUAAUAAAUGUUUCUUGAGCUCCUACUGUGUAUCCAGCACUGUCCCCCCGUGGGAACAAAACAGUGAGUCUGAAGUGGGACCUGCCCGUCGGGAACUCCCAGGCCACCCCCUUUUCUUCCUUCCUGGUGAACCUCGUGCGUCAAAUCCACUCCUCGAGGCGCCCGGAAAGGAAUCUGUCUACACUACAGGGUGUCACAGGGCUGUGUGGGCGAAGGCAGACCUCCAGGGACGCAUCUACCCACAACCCACAGGAAAGGACACAAGUUUGCUCGUUUGUCCUCGGCCUCACAUCAGGCAGUCUCCGCUCCGUGUGGCUGACUCCACGGUUUUUCCCUUCAGGAAGCUUCUGUGGCCAGGCAACACUUGGAAGUUUUAAUUAUGGCGCUCGCUUUGCCAGCAUGUGUACUGAGGUUUUAAUUAUUAACUCAUUUUAAUUAAACCAAUUUCCUUUCUCAUAGUGGAGUCACCAAAUCUUAUCACACAGACCAAAGUCCCAUAGUUAACGAAUUCAUUCCCAGCAGUGGAGGAGGCUGGAAUUAAGUUCUGACAGGUGGGAAGACAAGUGAUUAAGCAUUUAGAAGUCCUCGGUCAGAAGAUAUGAAGACAGAACAUUAGCAACUGUCAGAAGUUGUCUUGCCUUUAAAGACUUCCACGAGUGACGAUCUUUUCCUUCCUUUACGGGCCUGCCCUGGGUCAGGGGUGCUGGGCUCUUUCCAAGAGAGGUCAUGUACGAGGCCAGCCUGGCCCUGUGGCUUCUGUCCCCUGACCUUUUGUUUCUCCUCCCCUGGGGAACUUUGCAGCUUCUCCUCUGGGAACUUCACACAAAUCGCUUGCUUAUCCGCGUCCCUGUGGCCUCUUCGUGCUCCACGGCAAAGGCAAAGGGUUUAGGACAGGUCAGCCGGGACCAGAGCCGAGGAGGGCCCUUCCCCUGAAGCUCCCUCACCCCUCAGGGAGUUGUAGGAUGCCUGAUGGUCUGGGAAGGGCCAUCUUUUAGGCUCGGGUGUCACUGAGGACCCCUGUCUCACAGACUUUUCCCGCUUACAGACUCUGAUACCGCUGCUAGGAAGGAACCCAGGGAGGCUCCCGCUCCCACUAUGAGGUAUCUGGCAAAAGUACGUGACACGUUUCUCUGGAACUCGAUUCCUGCUGGACGUAGGCUGGAGCAGCCAAGUGUUUUCUGACUUUGCCUGGCCGGGCUCCCUGACCCACGUCCUUGAUAAACGUCACUGACGUGGAGGCCGUGUGAGUUUUUGAAACGGAAGCAAAAUUAGGAAGGUUGGACUUGGGACAGUCACUAAGUCGAGACCUUUCUGAUGGCACUUCAGGCCUAGGUGCCCCAAGGGGGUUUUCACAGUUAGGGAUUUGGGACCGUUUUAAAGCUAGACGUUUUCUGUUUCUGUAUUUGCUGCCGUAAAAGCAUCAGGAUUGCGUUCCUUCCUGCCGGAGCCAUUGUUUUCUAAACAAUAAAGUGCUAGAGGGGACUGUGAA